CAGCCAGUCCACAGCGUCGUUCCGGGCAGAGGGGCAGAGGCAGGUGAGACUGACGAGGGGAGAGGAACUGCCAAAGCCAUAAAAGCCACAGGAGGGGGAAACAAAAGCCAACCCAAGGGGAGGCAGCGACACGAGAGACGGCAGAGAGGCAGUCACUGGCGCACGCUCUGGAGAUGGGACCGGGCAGAGAGCUCUGGGGGAUGGGGGGCCGCUCAAGGGAGCCCUCCUGAGAGCCAGUGAUUUCCAGGUUUGGUGGCUUGGAGGAGAGCGACUGCAGCCAGAAGGUGGGCUUAGCAGGCGAGUCGCCUCAGGGCUGCUGCUGCUUUGGGAUUUAACGUUUCGUCUCUCCCUGGGGAUGGUGUUUUGCUGACCGAGGGCUUCGCUGUUUUCUCUCCACGGAUGUCUGUUGCAUCUGGAUUUUUUUCCCUGGGGGUUUAUUUUUCCGCCAAGGGAGCUGCUGGAGUCCUGCGAAGUUGCAGUUUGUUGCUGAUUUCUCCUUCCAGCCUCCAUCCAUCAUGUGCGCCAACAUAGUCUACGAGUGGCUGAAGACCCUGAAGCUCUCUCAGUACGCGGAGUCCUUUGUGGAUAACGGCUAUGACGACCUGGAGGUGUGCAAGCAGAUCGGGGACCCGGACCUGGACGCCAUCGGGGUCUCGCUGCCACAGCACAGGCGCCGGCUCCACGAAGCCGUGCAGAGGCUGAGGGAGGAAGACGAGACCACCGCCGGGCUUUACUUCACCCUGGAGCCUCAGCCGCCCCAGCCCAGCUCGCCGUCGCCAGAGAUCUAUACCAGCCACCUGGUGGAGCAGUACGAGGCCAAGGCUUGGAAGGAGCCACUUCCUAAACCCCGCCAUCCUCAGGGGAACAAGAAGGGGCUCCCUCGGAAAGUGGGGACCCGCAGCCUGGAGCUGAUGACCUACCCCAAGCUCAAACUGAAAAUCAUGAUCAGGGACAAACUCAUCCGGGAUGGGAUCAACCUCAGCAAACCCCCCUACUCCAACAAGGUAAGCGCCCUGCUGCAGUUGCACCCAGGGCCGGCCGGCUCGUUAGGCAAGAGAAAGCGGUUGCCUCAGGCGGCAAGUUGCGGGAGCGCGGCUGUACUGCCGCUGCCACAUACCCGCGACGCGCCUGCUGUUCACCGCUGGGCGCCCGCCGUAACAAGUGGCAAUAGUAGCCAGCUGGACCUCCAGUCUACCCCCCAGGCAGCGGCGAAUAACGAGCCACCGGUGCCGCCUCGAUGGUUUGAAUCUGUUCAGCGGCGGCUGCCCUGCUGUCGUCCUUGUGGCGAGAGGAAGUGUCUGCUUUCAAAGUGCCCCCCACCUCCUGCUGCCUCGCCAGGAGCAGCAGCAACACCACUGUCCAGCUCCACCAUGCUCACAGGUGCCCCCAGCGCCGCAGCCUUCUCCUGCUGUUCCACGACCCCGGUGGCUGCAGAAGCGCGCUCCUUCACUCGCCCUGGACCACCGUUUUCCUCCCCGCGCUCUUCGGCGCAGCCCGGGAGCGAGUCGAGCAGCGCGCCUCGGCAGCCGCCCGGGUGGAGCAGGAAGCGGCGGUUGAGGCGCCGGCAAAAGGGGGGCAGGCAUGAUGCGCUGGGAGAGUGGCCCUGA